UUCUCUAGCAGCAUUUACAUCACAUGAGAGUGAAGCUUUACGAAAACAAAACUUUAGGAAGAAGCAGAUGCAUCUUCUAUAUAUAGACCUAAAACCCACAAGGAAUGUACUCCAGUAUUCACUAGAAAGAAAAUCCUAUUCAAAAACCAUCACCUUAUCACCAUUCAAUUUACACACAAUAAUGGCUUCAUCACUCGAAAGAAAACUUAUCAUUGCUGCAUUGAUACUACUAGGAAUGUGGGCUUCUCAGGCCACAUCCCGAACACUACCUGAACCAUCCAUUUCAGAUAGACAUGAGCAAUGGAUGGCUCGUCAUGGACGUGUUUACAAGGAUAUUGCAGAGAAGGAAAGGCGUUUUAAGAUAUUCAAGGACAAUGUAGAGUUCAUAGAAUCUUUCAACAAAGUUGGGAAUCGACCUUACAAGUUGAGCAUCAAUGAAUAUGCAGACCAGACAAAUGAGGAGUUUAAGGCCUCUCACAAUGGAUACAAGAUGCCAUCCAAUCCAAAGGCAAUGAAAACUACGUCGUUCAAGUAUGAAAAUGUGACUGUAGUACCAGCUAGCAUGGACUGGAGGAAGAAAGGAGCUGUUACACCUAUUAAGGAUCAAGGUCAAUGUGGAAGUUGCUGGGCAUUUUCAACGAUAGCAGCUACAGAAGGAAUUACAAAACUUACAACUGGUAAAUUGAUCUCACUGUCCGAGCAGGAACUAGUGGACUGUGAUAGAAGUGGUGAAGAUGAAGGAUGUGAGGGUGGCUACAUGGAAGAUGGGUUCGAAUUUAUCGUCAAAAACAAAGGCAUUGCCACUGAAGCAAUUUAUCCAUACCAGGCAACUGAUGGAACCUGCAACACUAAGGAAGAAGCUUCCCAUGCUGCCAAGAUCAAGGGUUAUGAGAAUGUGCCUGCCAAUAGCGAGAAGGCACUACUGAAGGCUGUGGCCAAUCAACCAGUUUCAGUUUCCAUUGAUGCAAGCGGAGCUGCGUUCCAGUUUUACUCAAGCGGGGUUUUCACAGGAGAUUGUGGAACCGAUCUAGACCAUGUCAAGAAUUCAUGGGGCACCACUUGGGGAGACAAAGGGUACAUCAUGAUGCAAAGAGAUAUUGGUGCCAAAGAAGGCCUUUGUGGGAUUGCCAUGGAUUCUUCCUAUCCAACAGCUUAG